CCGCACUCACCCUGGCGCCCUGCUCACCUUCUCUUCCCAUCUCCCAAUCGCUCACUGUUUGCUUGUCUCCCAGGGACCCUUGUGCUGCUGCUGGAGAGCAACGGAGCCGAGCUGGCCGGGGGUCAGCAUGAGGGGGAUUCCGCGGCUGCUGCUGGUCACAGCUCUCCUGUCCUGCUGGAGCCAACCCCUGGCAGGAGCCAACUCAUGGUGGUCAUUAGCACUGAACCCUGUGCAAAGACCAGAAAUGUACAUAAUCGGAGCUCAACCCCUGUGCAGCCAGCUGACUGGACUUUCCCCUGGGCAGAGGAAGCUGUGCCAACUGUACCAGGAUCAUAUGGUAUACAUUGGAGACGGUGCUAAGACAGGCAUCAAGGAGUGCCAGCAUCAAUUCAAACAGAGGCGGUGGAACUGCAGCACUGUGGAUAAUAACUCCGUGUUUGGCAGAGUCAUGCAAAUAGGAAGCAGAGAGGCAGCCUUCACAUAUGCCAUCAGCGCGGCUGGAGUAGUAAACGCCAUAAGCCGUGCUUGCCGUGAAGGAGAAUUGUCAACUUGUGGCUGCAGCCGAACCCCUCGUCCCAAGGACCUGCCUCGGGAUUGGCUAUGGGGAGGAUGUGGGGACAACGUGGAAUAUGGUUACAGAUUUGCCAAGGAGUUUGUAGAUGCACGUGAGAGAGAGAAAAACUAUCCAAAGGGGUCAGAGGACCAGGCACGAGCGCUUAUGAAUCUUCAAAACAAUGAGGCAGGACGCAGGGCAGUGUAUAAACUGGCUGAUGUUGCCUGCAAAUGCCACGGUGUAUCGGGAUCCUGCAGCCUGAAGACCUGCUGGCUUCAGCUUGCCGACUUCCGCAAGGUGGGGGAAUACCUGAAGGAGAAGUACGACAGUGCAGCUUCAAUGCGUUUAAACAAACGUAACAAGCUUGAGCAAGUUAACCAACGGUUCAAUUCUCCUACUGAUGAGGAUCUAGUGUAUUUGGACACCAGCCCCGACUACUGUUUACGAAACGAGACCACUGGAUCACUAGGAACGCAAGGCCGGCUUUGCAAUAAAACAUCGGAAGGCAUGGAUGGCUGUGAGCUGAUGUGUUGUGGUCGGGGUUAUGACCAGUUUAAGACGGUACAGGUAGAACGUUGUCACUGCAAGUUUCACUGGUGCUGCUUUGUUAAAUGCAAGAAGUGUACUGAAAUUGUGGACCAAUAUGUGUGCAAAUAGCUUGCACCUACCUUAAGCACCUGAAAUACUCUGAUGCCCCCUUAUCACCACCACGCACUCAGUGCCUCUCACCCCCAUUAACUCGGAUAUUAGGGGGCAAAAUAUAUAUUUAUAGGGUAUAAAAUUAAAUAUAUAUAUGUAGAUAUAUAUAUAUUAUAUGUGUAUAAAGGAAUAGGACUUUAAGAAUGAAUACACUGUUUUUACGAAAACACAGCAAGACAUUACAGUUUGUUCAUUUAAACUACUGGUUGGACAGCUUUUUGCAAGGUCAUAAGUAAAUUGUGUAGGGUUCACUGCUGUCACAGACUGGCAAAUUGGAAGUAGCGGAACCUCUACAUGGAGGAGCCCUGCACAGCUGCUGGAGAGAGGAAUGGGAGAUCCAGCAGCCUCAAUGAUCUCUGCCCAGCACUUUUAUGUCGCCAAAAUCUCUGUUGGAAAGAUGAAAGUAACUUCAGAAGGGGACUUGGAGACAGCCAAAGCAGUGUUUGUGGCACUAAAAGACUGAGCCACAGAUUGACAGACUAUGUGCUAUGAAGCUGUAUGUUCUUUCCCAUAGACUUCUAUACCCCAAGAAUACUUUUGUUGUAUGUGGGGAUCACUACUUUUUGCCUAAACAAAAUAUUGCUCUCCCUUCGCCAGAAAGUAUAUAAAAACAGCCUAACAUCUGUAGUUAGGACACAGAUACUCCAACAUUUAAAACAGUAUAGCAUGUUGCCAUGUUUAGUUAUUUGAGUAUCUAUUUGCAUACAUAUCCUCUUUAGAAUCGGCACUACUGGAAACUUGCUAUUUCUCUGUAUACAUUUACAUCUGUAGCAAAGAAUAAUAUCAUUGUGUAAUAACAGGGCUUAUAUGAAAAGUAGGAGACACACAGAAUAACAAGAAGCCGGAUACACAUUGUUUUAGACGCACAGGUUUUUUUUUUUUUUAUAAAUGCAUAGUUAUUGGUUAAAUAAUUCAAAACGUUAGGAGCCAGAUGUAAAACGUUAGGAGCAGUGGCGCCAGGAUUUGUCAAGCCGUGGUGUAAUACAUAUUGCAGUGAAUAAUAAUAUCACUGUUCAUCUAUGAUGCUAAAAAUACUACACCAAAAAACACUCAAUAUUCCUUCGCAAGCAACUCAUAGUUAUGCAUAUUCUUAACUAUCCACAGAUAAUUUAAAUUUCAGUUUUCUUAAAAGUCAACAAAAUACAGCAUUGCUUUUAGAAGCCACACUAACAUUUUAGCAAUCAGAAUGUGCAAAUAUUCAUACACAUGGGCUGAGGCGCAGUGGGUGAAGUCUCCACUGUACUCACAAUUGUAGAAGUCCGGCCCCUACUGAUAUAUAUUGAUUGAAUUAUGCAGAUUUAAAUGUUUAUACAUAGCUGUGUAUUUAUGUGUGUAUAUAUGUACAGGGUGAAAAGUCCAGAGAUUGAUGAGUGGGCGUAUUGCUCAAAAUUUGUCAAUCAGAUUCUACUUACACCCCUGUACAUACAAUUCAUUAUAUAAAUCAAAAUAAUUUAUAAGACAUGAUGUAUUUCUGUUCCUGUGACAUUCUGUUUUUUAAGUACAUCAAUAGCUUUAAUUAAGUCGGGCUUUUCAAUGGAAAGAUCUGCAAUGCUUAUUACUGCUAUACAAUUCAGCUUUUGGAAGGGCUCUGUAGUCAUCCCAUAACUAACAGAAACGGCAAUAUUAUAAGAAAUGUAACCCCUUAGCUUACGGAUAUGAUAACAAUAGACUGUAGAUCUUUUUAAGGUACUUCUGGCACAGCUAGGGUUAAGCCCAUCACGUGUUCAUUCAUUUGUAAUUUUGGAUUUGCUAUUUAUUUCCACCAAGUUCAUUUUUUUUUCUCUCCCCCCACAAUAUUGAGAAAAUAAAAUAAACCUUUUUCUCUGUGUCUAGAGGUACAUGUCUGAACAUCUGUGCAACAGCACGUGUGUAAAUAUUGUAAGAACCGCCUUCUUUCCUCUGAUGGGGUCAUCAAGAGGUUCGUUGUAAAGGUCAUUUCUAUGCUUUGUAUGUAUGAAAAUAAUGUAUCUUAAAAGAUUUAACACAAAAAAAACAAACUUAAGAAUCUA